GCGAAUAUCUUCCAAAUCACAUGUCUAUCUAAAGCAGGUAUUAAAGAAAGUGAUUCUGCAGAAAAAGUAAACUUUACCAAGUAUAUCAGAACAGGCGAACUAGAACGUGUAGGGGAGCUGUUUCAAAGAUGGACUCCGUAAUAACAACUACUGACUCUCUAUGACGUCAGAAGUCAGAACCAUAGACAGAAUUCCAGUCAUCCAUUGUGUUAUCUUUUGUAUUUGCAAACCAAGGACUAACAUUCUGUAGGCUAUCAAUAUAUAACAUCAUUGAUAUUUGUUACCAACGUUAAUCGCUCGUGUUUAAAGCUGGCCCAGCCAACACAGAGUAAUUCAGUUAACUCUGGUAACUCAGAGGGACCUUUUGCCUACCUGCUAGGCCCUCUGGCUCCAGUUCUUCUACUGUGGAUUAUGGUGUCAAGGAAUUCAUGCAAUUCACAAAUUAAGCCAAGAGUAUCCAAAACAGAAGGACAUGACAUCAAAUUCCUGAUGUAAUGUAAUGGAAACUUGAGAUUUGUUAUUGUUAGUUUUAUCAUCAAGAAGAAUACAGGAUUUUCCAAUCUGCCACCUUGCAUCGGAUAUUAAAAUUAGCAUACAGUUAAUUUUGUAGGAGUGACAUUACAAACUUACAUGGUAUGUUAAAAGUUUGAAAAUUAUUUUUCAUAUUUUUGAAAAGCUAUAACGGGUCUUUUGAAAUACAGUAUUGUGUGUUAAUGUAGUAUAUGGGUUUCUUAUACAGUAUGUGUGCUAUAUUAAAUACUAUUUUGGUGUGAGGAAAUGUUUUAGUAAGGAUAUUUGAAGUAGGAAGUCUACCUGUUUAAAUAUUGUACACAGAAAGUAAUGUUGAAUACAGGUUUGUGGUAUGAAAACAUAGUGGUUGCAAGUUUGGUUUGCAUAAUUGCUGCUUCACUUAUAUGAAGGUGCAUUUCAAUUGUGUUCAGUUUUGAAUUUUUUUGGAAUAAGCUGACAUUCUAACAGAAAAGCUAGCUAGGAUUCAGUACUGUAUGUUGAAAGUGAACUGAAAAUGGCAGCUGAAUCCUCAACCUUGCCAAUAUCUGGACAACAAAAUGAAAAUUUAGAAGAGGGAUUCACUGAAAUAAAAGUUGAUGGGUCUUUGUUUUUAGAGCCUUCUGUAGAUAUAAAGGAAGAGCCAGAAUUUAUUGGGUGUGAUGAAUUUGAUGGUAAUUAUUCAUGCCAGUCUAUAAAGAGGGAGGAAGACUCUGAGAGUUGUGAUGAAGAGAAGGAAAAGAAAAUGAUUGGAGAAGGAAAUGUACAGUUGCAUACAGUAAUCACAGAAGAUGCUGAUGACCCAUUUAUGUCUCGUGAAAAAAUUUUCUGUGAGAAAUUCCCGUAUGAAACUGAUGAGAAUAAUAGCAAAAAUGCAGAAAUGUUAUCACCGAAUGCUAAUAAGGAAGGAGAGCCUGGAACUUAUGAUGAAUGCCAAAGUAGUUUCUCUCCUUCCGAUCAGCCGGGAACUCACUUGAGAAACCAUAAGGGAAAGAGACUUGUCACUUGCUCUGUGUGUCAAAAUAGUUUUAGUUGCAAAGGAAGUCUCAAGGUCCACAUGAGAACUCAUACUGGAGAGAAACCGUACAGUUGCUCUGAGUGUCCAAGUAGGUUUGCACAUUCAGAUAGUUUGAAUAGGCACAUGAGAACUCACACUGGAGAGGAGAAACCUUAUGUUUGUUCUGUGUGUCCUAAUAGAUAUUCUUAUUUAAAUAGUCUGAAAAUACACUUAAAAACUCACACUGGAGAGAAAGAGUUCACUUGUCCCGAGUGUCAAAAAAGCUUUGCUUUAAAAAAUGUUCUCAAAACCCAUAUGAGAACUCAUACAGGAGAGAAACCUUACACUUGUAGUGACUGUCAAAAAAGUUUUUCUCAGUUAAAUAGUCUCAGGAAACACAUGAAAAUUCAUACUGGAGAGAAUUCACCAACUAGAGAGAAGUCACAUACAAGAGAGAAGCUGUUUAGUUGCACCAAAUGUUCAGGUACUUUUUCCCGUGCAGAUAGUCUCAAAAGACACUUGAAAACUCACACUGGAGAAAAACCAUACACUUGUCUUGAAUGUCAAAGUAGUUUUGCACAGUUGAGUUACCUCAAAAUUCAUAUGAGAACUCAUACAGGAGAAAAGCCAUUCUCAUGCUCUGAAUGUCCUUGCAGAUUUUCUCAUGUGAGUCAUCUCAAAAGGCAUAUGCAAAUUCACACCGGAGAGAAGCCUUAUGUUUGCACUGAAUGUCCGAGUAGUUUUUCUCUCUCCCGUCAUCUCACGGCACACAUGAGGUGUCAUACCACAGAGAAGAAUGUCCAAGAAGUUUUGAUAGUUCAGAUAGCCGAUUCAGUAGUACUGUACAUUUUAAAUCCUAUGAAAAUGGAAGCUGGAAACUCAUUGUCGUUGCCUUCAAUCAAACAAGAGAAAGAAACUUUGGAGGAUGAGCUUACUGAAAUCACAGUUGAUGGUUCUGUAUUUGUUGACUCUUCCAUAGAUGUUAAGAGAGAGCCAGAAUAUAUCGACUGCAGUGAAUUUGAUGUGAAUUGUUCAUCUGAAUCUAUAAAGAUUGAGGAAGACUCUCUAAGUUAUGAUGGGGAAAGUGAAAAAUUUAUUGCAGAAGAAAAUCUGCAGUUUAAUACGCCAGUCACCAAUGAUUCUAAAAUACCGUUCGUAUCUUUCGGGGAACUACUUAGUGAGAAUUUGGGUGACGAGACUGAUGAAAAUGACAAAAAUGGGGACAUGUUGUCCAAGAAACCCAGUGCAGUAAGGAAGACAGUAACUUGUGCUGAAUGUCAAACUAGUUUUUCCCAAUUGUGUCAACUUAGAAACCACAUGAGAAUUCACACUGGAGAGAGACCAUUUUCUUGCACUGAAUGCCAAAGUACUUUUACUCGGUUAUAUCAUCUCAAAAUCCACAUGAGAAAUCACACAGGAGAGAAACCAUACACUUGCUCAGUAUGUCAAAGAAGUUUUACUCGCUCGAGUCGUCUCAAAAACCACAUGAGAACUCAUACAGGAGAGAAACCAUUUACGUGCUCCAUAUGUCAAAAAAGCUUCACCCUCGCAAGACAUCUCAAGAUCCACAUGAGAACCCAUACAGGAGAGAAGCCAUUUGUGUGCACUUUAUGUCCAAGCAGCUUUUCUCAUUCAGAUAACCUCAAAAUCCACAUGAGAACUCACACUGGAGAGAGGCCAUUUGUUUGCAAUGAAUGUCCUAAAAGUUAUUCUCGCUUAAGUAGCCUCAAAAUACACAUAAGAACUCAUACUGGAGAGAGGCCAUUCACUUGCAGUGAAUGCCAAAGUAGUUUUUCUUUAUCCCAUCAUCUCAAAAGGCACAUGAAAACUCACACUGGAUAAAAGUGAUUAUUUUUCAUGGUGAACUCAUCCAAGUAAGAAUAAAACUUAAUAUACAUAUGACAGGUAUUGAAAACAAGAUGCUGUUUCCUCAAACUGUAUACAUAUAUAAUAGUUUUUGUCUUUUUUA